GAAGAGGACUGGGAUGCAAUUACUAUUGAAUAAUAGAUCCGCCAGCAAAAUGUGGGCCGAAGGUAAAAUCAUGGUUAUGGACAAUGGCUCGGGGUUAACCAAGGUUGGUUUUGCAGGGGAGGACGCCCCCCGAUCCGUCUUUCCCUCCAUUGUAGGCCGACCACGUUACCAAGCUAUGAUGUUGGGCAUGGUUAAAGAAACAUACGUAGGUGAAGAGGCCCAGAAAAAGCGAGGUAUCCUGACCCUCAAAUAUCCCAUCGAACAUGGUGUUAUCACCAACUGGGAUGACAUGGAGAAGAUUUGGCAUCACACCUUUUACAACGAGGUGCUUGUAGCUCCCGAGGAACACCCAGUUCUAUUGACAGAGGCUCCCCUCAACCCUAAAGUCAACCGUGAGAAGAUGACUCAGAUCAUGUUCGAAACUUUUAACACUCCCUCCAUGUACAUUUCAAUCCAGGCUGUGCUUUCCCUGUACGCCACUGGUCGUACUACAGGUGUUGUCCUAGACUCUGGUGAUGGUGUGACGCACUCUGUUCCCAUCUAUGAGGGAUACUGCAUUCCCCAUGCAUUACAACGUCUAAAUGUGGCUGGCCGUGACCUGACAGAAUAUCUUAUAAAUAUCAUGACUGAGCGUGGCUAUAACUUCACAACCACUGCUGAGCGAGAAAUUGUUCGUGACAUCAAAGAGAAACUCUGCUAUGUCUGUCUCGAUUUUGAAAAGGAGAUGGCUGCCUCAAACAAGAGUACCAUCUUCGAGAACCUUUACGAACUUCCUGACGGUCAGGUUAUAAAAAUUGGUAAUGAAAGGUUCCGCUGCCCAGAGGCUCUCUUCCAGCCCUCCUUCCUUGGUUUAGAAAAUGCCGGAAUUCACAAAUAUGUUUACAACUGCAUCAUGAGGUCUGACGUAGAUAUCCGCAAGAACCUUUACGCCAAUGUGGUUUUGUCUGGUGGUACCACCAUGUACCCUGGUAUUGUCGACAGGCUACUUAAGGAAAUCACUUCCCUGGCACCAUCCACCAUGAAAGUCAAGAUUACUGCACCCCGAGAGCGCAAGUACUCAGUAUGGAUCGGUGGUUCCAUCCUGGGUUCCCUCGGCCCUUUCCAGCAGCUGUUGAUCACAAAGGAAGAGUAUAACGAAUCAGGUCCAUCCAUUGUCCACAAGAAGUGCUUCUGAUCAUUAUGUAAUGUAGAACUGUCGCCAUAAAACUAGAAGUUUAAAUGUUUAUUCGGAAUAUAUUUGAUGGUCAUUAAAACAAGUUUCAUUUAAUUAUUUUUUCUUUUCUUUUCAAAGGAAAUUAUUAUAUAAUUGUAAAGGCAAAAACGUUUCCCUCUUGAAGAUAAAUAAGUACAGUACUGUACUGUACUUACAGCUAUGUCAAGGGAGAGACAAUGACAGAUACUGAUAUAUUAUUUAUGUUCUUAAAAAUCAUUCAAAAAAUCCCCGUAUCAUAUAAUUAAUGAAAACGUGAGUUAGAACCGAUAGAAGGGUAAUUUUAGUUUAAGGUUAGGACAAGCUUGACUUAAUAUGCUACAGUACUAUAUUAUGAUCCUCACGUUGUAAUCUUGUCGUUAAAUCAUAAGGCCAAAUGCAUGUUUUGCUAUCCCUUCUUUAUUUUUUUUACUAUAAGGAAAGUCAUAAUUAAUUUUCCUCCAAUUAUUUUUCAUGCCAUUACUUG